AUGGCCGACACCGCCCCCGCCCCCACUACCGCUAACGGCAACGGUGCGGCCCCCUCUGCCACCGACAAGAAACACGAUCGUCCCGCAGCCAACCCUGACGCCGUCGAGAUCGCCAAAGGAACCGGAGGUAAACCCGACGCCUCGGCCAACUCUGCCGAACUCGACAAGCUCGCCAAAUCCAUCGAACGCGUCCAGAAGGAACUCAACCAGGUUCGCUCCCUCCUCUCCGGCUCCGGACCAUCCAAAGACUCCCCCGCCGGCAUUCGCCGUGCUGAACUGCGUUCGCAACUCGACGAAUUGCGAAACCAACAGGCCGGCUCCAAAGGCGCUCGCGGUAAGACCCUCGAAGACCUGCGAUCGCUCCAGGAAAACAUCGCCAAGAAGAUCAAAGAUCUGCAGCACGCAAAGAGCAAAACUCCUUACAAGUCCACGGCCGAUGUCGACUCCAGGAUCAAGAGGUUGGAAGACCAGGUCGAGUCCGGCUCCAUGAAGCUCGUUGAGGAGAAGAAGGCACUUUCCGAGAUUUCGCAGUUGAAGAAGAACCGCAAAGUCGUGGAGAACUUCGACACCAUUCAAGCCAGCAUCGACGCCGACCGCAGCAAAGUGGAUCAACUCAAAUCCACCCUCGACAGUCCCGAAGCAAAAGCCCUCAACAAGCGAUACGACGAGAUCAAGGCCGAGCUCGACUCGAUCCAGGCCGAACAGGACAAGCAAGCCGGUUCCCGCGGCAAGCUGCUGGAUCAACGCACCCAGCUCAGUGCCCAGCUCGACUCGCUCUACCAGACCCGCCGCGACCGUCAAGCGGCUUUCCGUGCUGCCAACGACACCUUCUACGCAAAACUCAACCAGGAGCGCGAGAAGCGACUCGCCAAGCAGCGAGAGGAGCGCGCCGCCGUCGAGGCCGAGAAGAAGAAGGAGCAUGCCGCACAGCUGCGCGAAGAAGCCGCCAUGCCCGCCUUCGCCAAGGAGAUCGAGGAUUGCGAUGUGCUCAUCAACUACUUCUCCAAAGGAACCGGCGGAGGUGCGCAGGAGAAGCCCGAGGUGGCAAAGGCAGCUGUAGGUGGCAAAGCGUUGAAUCUGCGACAGGUCAACUCGGACGCCAUGGUUCCCAAGGGUGCUGUUCUGCGUCAGAAGAACGAGGACGAGGAGACCUACUUUGCCGGCAACGCCAAGAACAGGAAAUCCAAGGGUCGAGCUAACAAACGCGGAACACCUCUCGACCUCAGCGCCGAUGGUGCUGACGCCGACGAAAACGCAACAGCCGCAGCCGGCAGUGGCGAAGGAAAACUCAACGUACCCCUCGGAACGCUUUCCGCCCUGCUGGCGUUGAGCAUCCCCCCACCGGCCAAUGCGUCGGACGUCGGAAGGGUGGUGGAGAACCUCAAGCUCAAACGUCAGUACUUCACCUCCAACCAGGCCAGAGUUACAAAGGAGAACAUCGAAAAGGUCGAAAAGAUGCUCGCCAAGAGCGGCAUCCAGGAUGCUGACGAGCAGGCGGAGAAGAGCGACGAGGUCAAGGCUUGA